UCACUGCAUUUUUCCCAGACUGAGGCGUCCACGGACCCUCUGGCUCCUCUGCUUUCGUCAGUGACUUGGAGUGCUCUGAGAACUUUGUGAACUCUUUCAUGUUGGAGUGGGAAGGGAGAGGAAGGCGAGCAGUUGAUGGGACUGAGCCCGGCAGCAGCAGCAGGCUCCUCUGGAGACACAGCAUCGGUCGUGGACUCUCUCGCUGGAUACCCCCCCCCCCGUCUCUACUAGGUCAUGACCAGUCAACGCCUCAGCCUUCUGACCCCGCUGGCUCUGCUGGGACUCCUUUUAGGUUUUGCAGACCUCAGCCUGGGCUCUGUUGGUGAAGAUGAGGAUUACUACAUGCAGGAGCUGCUGACAAGAGAACAAUACAACCAGGUUCAAGUCCAGGAGAAGUCAUCCUUUUCUUCUUCACCCGAUGGGCAUGGACGCCCCAGACAAAACCCUGCCAAGAAAAUACCCAAAGAAAAGGCAGAAAGCAGCAAGAAGAAAGACAAACCAGUGGCUAAUGCAAAAUCAGUGAGUGCAGCCAACAAAAAGGCGGAGAAGAGCAAGAAGAGCAACCUGAAAAAUUCAAACAGUAUCGCAGAAGGGGAUGGACAAUAUGGCUCAAUAAAAGAGGGAUGCCCUCCCAUGGGACUGGAGACGCUGAAGAUUGAUGAUUUCCAGCUUCACGCUUCGUCUAUGAAGCGCUACGGCCUCGGUGCACACAGAGGUCGGCUUAACAUUCAGGCUGGACUUUAUGAAGAUGACCUGUAUGAUGGGGCCUGGUGUGCUGGCAGAGAUGACCCACUGCAGUGGCUUGAGCUGGAUGCCAGGAGGCUGACAAAGUUCACCGGGGUCAUCACACAAGGCAGGAGCUCCCUCUGGUCGAGCGAUUGGGUGACCUCAUACAAGGUUAUGGUGAGCAAUGACAGUCACACCUGGGUAACUCUUAAGAAUGGCUCAGAAGACAUGAUAUUCCCCGGCAACAGGGAGAAAGAGAUUCCCAUGCGGAACAUCUUCCUAACGCCUGUGGUUGCCCGAUACAUUCGAGUAAACCCUCGGUCCUGGUUUCACAGCGGCAGCAUCUGUAUGAGGGUGGAGAUCCUGGGCUGUCCUUUGCCAGAUCCAAACAACUAUUACCACAGACGCAAUGAAGUCAUUACUACCGAUGACUUGGACUUCAGGCAUCACAGCUACAAAGAAAUGAGGCAGCUAAUGAAGGUGGUUAAUGAAAUGUGCCCCAACAUCACUCGGAUAUAUAACAUCGGAAAAUCCCAGAGCGGCCUCAAGCUGUAUGCCAUAGAGAUCUCUGACAACCCGGGAGAUCAUGAAGUUGGUGAACCAGAGUUUCGUUACACAGCGGGUUCCCAUGGUAACGAGGUGCUAGGACGGGAGCUGUUACUCCUGCUGAUGCAGUUCAUGUGUCUGGAGUAUCUGUCCGGUAACCAGCGGAUACGUCACCUCGUAGAAGAGACCAGAAUCCAUCUCCUGCCAUCAGUCAACCCUGAUGGGUACGAGAAAGCCUUUGAAGUGGGUUCAGAGCUCGGCGGCUGGUCUCUGGGUCGAUGGAGCAAUGAUGGAAUAGACAUUCACCACAACUUCCCUGAUCUCAACACCAUUCUGUGGGAGGCUGAGGCCAAGAAGUGGAUUCCUCGCAAAAUGUUCAACCACUACGUGCCCAUCCCAGAGUGGUAUCAAGCUAAGAAUGCCUCUGUUGCCUUGGAGACGCGAUCUUUGAUAGCAUGGAUGGAGAAAAUUCCCUUUGUGCUGGGUGGUAACCUCCAGGGAGGGGAGCUGGUGGUGACCUUCCCGUAUGACAGAACCCGCUCCAUGGGGAUGACCAGGGAGCAGACUCCCACCCCGGAUGACCACGUCUUUCGCUGGCUGGCCUUCUCCUAUGCAUCCACCCACCGUCUGAUGACUGACGCUAGCCGACGCGUCUGUCACACAGAAGACUUUGCCAAGGAGGAUGGAACCAUCAAUGGAGCGUCCUGGCACACUGCAGCUGGCAGUAUGAAUGAUUUCAGCUAUUUGCACACCAACUGCUUUGAACUGUCGAUGCACGUGGGUUGUGACAAAUUCCCUCAUGAGAACGAGCUGCCGGAGGAGUGGGAGAACAAUCGCGAGUCUCUUCUAGUUUUCAUGGAGCAGGUGCAUCGUGGGAUAAAAGGUGUAGUCAGAGACCUGCAAGGUCGUGGAAUAGCUAAUGCUGUCAUCUCUGUGGAGGGCAUCACCCACGACGUUCGCACAGCUGCUGAUGGUGAUUAUUGGCGGUUGCUGAACCCCGGAGAGUACAGAGUAACAGCCAGGGCCGAGGGCUACAGCUUCGUGAGUAAGAAGUGCGAGGUUGGCUACGAGAUAGGAGCCACCAGGUGCAACUUCACCAUCGGCCGGACCAACUUGUCACGAAUCAGAGAGAUCAUGGAAAAGUUCAACAAGCAGCCCAUGAGACCGCCUGCGAGGCAGCUCCAAGCUCACAGGUCCAGAGAUAGACGUCUGGGAACAUAAUGACUCCAUGAAAAAGCCGGAGGAAGAAUUAAAAGCAAACAUCUGCUCUGAUCAGACUGAAGGCUAAGCCCGGGACCCGUGUCCGAAUCCUCCAGAGUGUUGUCGGUGGAAUUAGGGUUGGGAGACUAAAAUGUGGAAUAAUUUAAACAUUGCUUUAUUUGAUUUUUGGAUGAUUUCAUUUGGUUUUGUCCCUGGGUUUAUGCUUUUUAUGUUCACUGUUGAAAUCUCAUCUUUUCCUCAUAUCUGCAGUAAACAUUCUCAUAUUUCA